GCGAAGCCUUCGCGUCAACAUUGUUACCAGCACAAUGCCUUUCUCGUUGACACGCAGGGCUGCCUUGCAUGAGGUGAGCCUUGUGGCUCGGCAAAGGGCAUACCCUGAUUGUUCUCGGCAGCCAAUGCUGGCUCUUGCAGGCAGCAGACGAUCCAAAGCGUCACUAUCAGGAGAGGCUGACCGUAAGCCAAAUUUAUCGACUCAAGCGACAUCCGAACCUGAAAGUCCGCGCCAUCCACGAUCCGUGCAAGCCCUACACUUGAAGCCCUUGAAGCGGGAGGCUGAGCACGGUAUCCCCUCUUGCGACUUACAGUUGCGCUCAUACAGCCUACAACCUCUGGAUUUUUUUUGCGACUUCGCUUUACGCGCUGCGUAUUACCUUGGCUUACCAGCCUACGGCCCGGUCCCGCUGCCCCGAAUUACCCAGAGGUGGACUGUUCCCCGAAGUCAUUUCAUUUUCAAAAAGUCGCAAGAGAACUUUGAACGUAUCACAUUAAGACGCUUGAUUCAAAUCAAGGACGGCAAUCCAGAGACGGUUCAGCUAUGGCUUGCAUAUCUGCGGAAGCACCAAUACUACGGUAUUGGAAUGAAGGCGAACAUGUGGGAAUUCAGCGAGUUAGGAGGACAAUCGGUGACGAAGCAGAAUACGAGGCAGUACGAGACUGACAUCAACGCGGCAUGGCCUCACCUCGGGCAGGUCAAGCCUCUUGAAUCGGCGCUGGAAGCAGACAAGGUCCUUAAUCACCGCCUAUCCUCGGAGGCAAGCGGGCCUCGUUAACCAAUGGGUACUGAAGUACCUCAAGAAUUUGGAUCCAGUCCGAAUGCUUGACGUUCAAGACUAGUGGGCACCCAAAUUACGUGUAAGAUUGAUUGUACGACGACAGCUAUAGUACCAGGACUGCCUGCCAAAAUUCCAUUCACAGCAGAUGCUUAAUGUGCCUUAUAAUGCAAGAACGCAAGGAUAUUAAUCGAUCCUGAGGUCUCUGAAGUAUUUUACUCUUUAAUGCGGAUGUGAGAUUGUCUCUGAGCGCGCCUCGGUAGAUGCAUACUGAUUAGCACUCCAUCUUGCGAAUCGCGCGUGCAAGCAGUCUUCAGAGAAU